CAGGACUUGCCUGUGAUGAAGUGCAACAGAUUACGGAUGGUUGACAAGUACUUUUCCAAUGCCCACGCAUCGGGGCACGCAAUUGCUGCUGGCCGCUUUGCAUUUGCAUAUACAAAGGCCGUUUUGGAGAGCCGUCCCUCACAAAAACCGUUCGUGUUUAUUCCAGUUAACUCCGACACUUGCCCGCUUAGUCCUCGCUGCUGUAACUCAAGCAUUCCUUCAUUGCUGCACACACGCAAGCUCAUAAUACCAGUCUUAAAUAGCCUGGUAACAAGCUUUUACUCGAGCGCUGCAACUUGCAACAUGCUGCUCCAGCGCGCAGGCGUCAACGUCUAUCGCAAGGCGCCCCGCGCUGCCACUGCGGUUCACGCCAUGGCGACCCAGGCGGGCGGGCCCAAGAAGGUCCUGAUCGUGGGCGGCGUGGCGGGCGGCGCCAGUUGCGCGGCUCGCCUGCGCCGCAUGGAUGAGAAGGCGGAGAUCACGAUCUUCGAGCGCGGUCCGUAUGUGUCGUUCGCCAACUGCGGCCUGCCCUACUAUGUGGGAGAGAUCAUCAAGGAGCAAUCUGCGCUGCUGGUGGCGAACGCCGCCAAGUUCAACAAGUGGUUCAACGUGGACGUCAAGGAGAGCACCGAGGUGGUGUCCAUCGACCGGCAGGCCAAGCAGGUGGUGGCGCGUGACGUCAAGACAGGCGCCGAAACCACCUACCCCUACGACUACCUGGUGCUCAGUCCGGGCGGCAACGCGGUGCGGCCGCCGCUGCCGGGUGUGGACCUGCCCGGCAUCUUCAGCGUCAAGACCAUCCCGGACGCCAACGCCAUCAAGAACUGGAUCGCGGAGAAGGACGCCAAGACGGCGGUGGUGAUCGGCGGCGGCUUCAUCGGUCUGGAGAUGAUAGAGAACCUGGUGCACCGCGGCAUCAAGACCAGCCUGGUAGAGAUGCUGCCGCAGGUAAUGCCGCCCUACGAUCCCGAGGUGGUGGAGCCAGUGCACGAGCGGCUGCGGGCCAAGGGCGUGGAGCUGCACCUGGGCGACGGCGUGGCGGGCUUCGAGGCGGGACCGGGCGGCAAGGGCCUGGUGGUCAAGACCGCCAGCGGCAAGGCGCACGCAGCAGACCUGGUGGUGCUGGCCAUCGGCGUCAAGCCGGAGACCAGCCUGGCCAAGGCCGCGGGUCUGGAGCUGGGCGGGCGCGGCGGCAUCAAGACGGACGCCCACAUGCGCACCAGUGACCCAGCCAUCUUCGCCGUGGGAGACGCCGUAGAGGUCAAGGAUUACGUGACUGGCGAGAUGACGCUCAUCCCGCUGGCCGGUCCCGCCAACCGCCAGGGCCGCAUCGUGGCUGACGUCAUCACUGGCAACGAGCCGAGCACCUUCCGCGGCAGCCAGGGCACCAGUGUGUUGGGCCUGUUCGGCAUGACCCUGGCCGCCACCGGCGCCAGCGAGAAGACCCUCAAGCGCAUCAAGCGCGACUACAAGAAGGUGUACCUGCACAUCAACAACCACGCCGGCUACUACCCGGGCGCCAAGCAGAUUGACAUGAAGCUGCUGUUCGACCCCAAGGACGGCAAGAUCCUGGGCAUGCAGGCCAGCGGGGAGGACGGCGUGGAGAAGCGCGUGGACGUGGUGGCGUUCGCGCUGCAGAAGGGCGCCACCGUGUUCGACCUGGAGGAGGCAGAGCUGUGCUACGCGCCCCAGUUUGGCAGUGCCAAGGACCCAGUCAACAUGAUCGGCAUGGUGGCUGCCAACGUGAUGCGCGGCAUGCACCCGCUCACCAACUGGGACGAGCUGGACCUGCAGCAGGUGGCGGCAGACCCCAACGCGGUGCUGGUGGACGUGCGCGAGCCCGCUGAGCUGGAGAAGGUGGGCAAGGUGGCGGGCUGCGUCAACAUGCCGCUGUCCAGCCUGCGCCAGGCGCUGGGCACCCUGCAGGACAAGGACAAGAAGUACUACGUGUACUGCCAGGUGGGCCUGCGCGGCUAUGUGGCCACGCGCCAAUUCCUGCAGAACGGCUUCGACGCCAUCAACGUCAGCGGAGGCUACAAGUCGUUCCAGCAGAUCAUCAGUCCCAAGCUGUAAGGCGGCAGCAACCGCCCUGCUUGCAAGGGAGGACAUGAAGGACAUCGUGACGCGACUCGAAUGUAAUAGUUGAUGCUGGGGAAGGGCUCAAGGAGGGGUUAAAUGGACUGGUGCCCGAGGGCUCAGUUGUGCAUACAGCUUCAGGCUACGUAAUUGCAUGAAUGGUGAUUUGCAUGAUACGGUACUGCUAUAAGUGCAUGAGUGGGGAAUGACACGAGUCGAAUGCCAGUGGUUUGCGGGGCUGGUUGUACGUCAGGCCUGGUGGUGGCGAUGUGCGAUACAACCCCAGGCCAGACGGAGGCAGCUGACAAUCUUGUAGUCUCAUGGAGUGGCUCUCAUUCCGGUCCACUCGGUCACGUCUGGAGCUGCUGCAACACGGUUCAUGCGCACCCGCGAAUCAAAGCCCAGCUGCCCUAGCAUCAUGACACCGUUGAUCAGGUGGUGUUGAGAAACACCGAGUUUUGUUU